AUGAAUUUCAACUUGUGCGAUGUAAGCCGGAGAUGAAUACUUCAUCCGUGACCCACAUAAAGCCCAUAUAUGAGGCUCGGUAAGCGGGGCUCGUCGUGUUUCAGCCCGCUCCUCCGCCGUGCAUUCCCGGUGCAGCGGAGAGCUGUUCGCGGCGUGCCUCGCCUCCCUGCUUCUCCACCUGGACCCGACUCCUUACUCUAUCUCGCUUCCAGGAAGAGGAGGAGAGGAGGGAGAAGGAGAAGCGGUGCACGCCGAGCGGAAGGCGAGGCAAACGGGAAAGUAAGUAGCUCUGGAAGGGGGAAAUUGAUGUAAAAUAGUCUUGUGUUUGACAGUGGUGAGUCGAUAGUGAAAGCGUACACGGCUCAGCUGCACAGGAAAAGCUCGUACUUUAGCUGGUUGUAAUGCGUUACUCGUUACCUCUGACGGUGUGUUUGUGUGUGGCGGUCAGGAAACCUCUGGAAAGUUGGGGUUUUCUUCUGUGAACUUAGACUAGAGGGUGAGGAAAGCCCCUAUGAAACUGUAAAAUGUUAUAGUAGGCUAGGGUGGUUAUUUGAAAGGUAUUUUAAAGAUGUUGCUGCAUUGCUAGCUGUGGGUCUUAUUAAAGUACACUUGUUCAUCACACAAGGCUUUUAUCCGGCCAGCCACUUCACAGUUCAGUCCCAAGUGUUGUUGCUCCUAUUAAACGACUUUAUGUUUGCCACAGUGGAAACCCUCUAUUAAAAUAGUUAAACAUAGAUGUAGCCUAUAUUAAAGCUAAUAAAUAGCAUGAACAUUUCCACGUCAUAAUAACUGAGGAUUAUGUUUGAUAAAGAGGCUACCAAAUUAAACUCUAUAGUUGUACUAAAAGACACACAAAAAGGAAACCAAGCAGCACAAUGCAACGAUACAGUGCCUAAGAGAGCCGUUUAUAAUGCUUGCAAUGGACCAAUAUCUGUAUUCACUGCCUGCCCAUGCCAGUGCCCAGAGAGCAAGUUAUAGAUGUAAUGCUGAUAUUACAUGUUUGCUUCUGUUAAUAAGAAACAAGAAGAAACAAUGAGAAGCUAGAUAUGUACAGCUCCGUUACUCCAUAGAUGUUAAAUCUAAUAUACAUGGUUAUUUCAGCCAGUAACGCAUUUGAGAGAGAUUUUCUAAUAAUUGAUGAAAUGGCAAGAUACAUUGGAUUGUGGAUCAAAAUGCAAGUGUAACCGCACUGCUCAUAAUUAUAUCACGACAGAGUUUACAUGUAACAUUAGCCAGUUACUGUUAGAGAUGUGAUACGCUGGAUUUUAUCAUUUAGGAAAGAGAAUGGUGACUGUGGAGAGUUAUAAUAAAGGUGAAGCAAACUAUUCUACUACCCUCCCAAAACUGUGAAACAAUAACUAAAUAAAAUCCCUCCUAUUGAAAGCCUGAAUAUAUUUAGAUAUGAAAUAUCAAUCAAGCAACUGGAGGUAACAGUGAUGAGGCUGCCUGCAGUGUCUGCAGACAUUAUUUCUUUAUUUUGCCUGUUGAUUUGUCCCAAUGCCUGCGCCCUGUGAGUGCUGAAGGAUUCAUCAGUCUAUUUCCACUCAUAAUUUUACUGAAGUUAUAAAUGGCAUGAUAUCAAAUGAACCCUGACAGUCAUAACUCUGGGUAAUUAUGGAUUUUAAGCAGUGCUGAUCCAUUAUUUUCAGGAACUUCUUACUCUUAAACUGGCCUCAAACUUGAUGUGUCUUUUUCAGUGAUAUUGAGUUGUGUACAUCAUUUGUCAUAGUUCAGUAAGUUUUUCAGCCUAUGAAAGGAUGAUUGAUGAUGAUGGAUCUUUUGUUACAGUCUUCAUGACAACAAUGACAGUGAAUAUAAAGACCAGCCAGGCCCUAUCUGAAAGGUCACCUGCUCAAUAUUCACCACAUUUUCAUGUCUUUGGACCGCCAAGGCAGAGACGAGGAAGAAUGACAUUUCCUUCUCCUUUUACUCCCCAGAGGGCAGUUGUCACUCUCCUUCACUUCUACACUUUACCCUCAUAGCUGGAAAUUCUCAACUUAACUUACAGUGUUAGAACAAUUUCAUGUUGACCUUUACUGGUGUUGGUGUUGUAUGAAAUAUGAAGACCCCGCCCCAGUUAAUGAAAACUGCUGUAACAGUUGCACUUUUGUCAUGUCAAUGAUAAUGAAGGGAACUGAGUGAAUUCUGGUGGCCAAGUUUGCUUUAAUAUUUCAAGGCUGCGUCGUCACCGCUGGGAGACAGAUGUAGUCCAAAAUUAGAUGACAGACUGUUGCCCCUUGUUAAAACCAACAUGUUAGCAAACAGUUAAAGAAGUGUCUUCUGUAGGCGCUCUGACAGAGUCUGUGCAUUAGACACAGCUUUAGAAAGACACUACUUUUUUGACCAUCAUGGACACUGUUUACCAGGAAGACAAAGUGCUCAAAGUCACACUACUAGUAGAAAAAAAGUUAAAAUGUCCAAUUUUACUUCAAUUAGUACUUCAUCAUACUUCAGGGUUUUAACCCAGACUUACUGGUAAAUCAAUCUUUACUGUUGUAUUAAUAAUUCUGACAUGAUUUAAUGUUAAAGCUGACCUAUGCUUAUGCAGUACACUGGAAUCAACCAGUAUGAAGAUACCAAACAACCUCCUUACAAAUACACCAGACAGACCAUAUUGAUAGCACAGAUUUGGUAUCUUUGGUAUCUCCAGUCAACCUCAUGAUAAUGAGCCCAUUUACACUCUCUUUUGGCCUCUACUGACUCCUGACUAAUAAUGUUUGGCUCUCUUGACUGGUUGGCUCUUUUCAGCUUGACAGCUGCCUUAUCACUGUGAAGGCUUUUUAUCUUUGAAUAGCGGCCUGUUUCUGCUGAAGUGGAUCUUUGUCAUGUUUUGAGUCAUACUGCUACCAAUCAUGCAAGUUGGAUUUCCUUAAUGUUGGCACUUUACCAUUGGUAUGACACAUUCCCGUGGCCAACUUCUUGUGAUCUCACCAUUAAAAUAUUUUGAUUAAAGGGACAGCACGAUAGCAAUACAAGCAAUACAAAGCGGUCUACAUCUUUACAUGCAAAUCUCAACCAAAAAGUCACUCUAUAGCCUCAAAAAAUGCUCAGAACAGCACCUAACUUCAUCAUCAGUACAUAAAGGGUCCCAGCCAUAGUACUAGCCAUCAAACAUCUUUGUAGCUUUGCCUGAUUUCUUGAGCAAAGAGACCAAACACAACUCACCCACUCUCCUCCAGCAGCCGCUUGUUUGUGGGGGAGCCCUGAUGAGUCAAUCACCGAGUGCAACGGAAAAUUAAUGAUUAUUACUUCAUGGAAAUGCAAUCAGACCAAGACGCUAAGGCAAAAGAACUACCGCGUCUGAAGUUCACAUACAAGAUACACAAGAACUCUGAUUGCAUUUCCAUGAAGUAAUAAUCAUAAAUGUUCUUCCUUGAACCUGUGAAACUCUGCUGCAGGGGGUGUCUAACUCGGUGUUACGAUGUGUUUGACCAUAGCUUAAAUUUAUACCGGAAUAUCCCUUUAAGUCUCACUAAUGUGUUCCAGGUUAUAAACCAUAUGAAUUAACCUUAUUAGUUAAACUGCAGUCAUUUCAAAUCACUGACAAGAUCCCCUUGUUGUUUUGGACGAGCACUUUGGAGGUGCCAUGUUUUCCAAAUCCUUUAAGUGGAAGUAAAAAGUCAGACUGAUAUUUAACACAGGAUCACAGAGUCUGCAGAUAAACUGUAUCAAACUGGUCCUCCUAACACCCACAUGCCUCUUCUGGUUACAUAAAGCUCCAGUCAAGUGGUUAUAUACCAGUUUAACACGACACAACCCAGAUUCAACUUAACCUUCAUUUUCCAGUUUCAGAUAUUGCCAAACUGUGUUGUGCUCGAAGGUGCUACGCAUUACCAGUGCUUGUUUACAUCUGGGUUGUAGUGCGUUGAAGUAUAAGUAGGUGGCUUUGCUGCAGAUACAUCAUAUGGUUGGACUUUUGGAUGGACAAUGAUAAUAAAGAAAUUAAUAAAUUCUUGAACUAACUGUUGUUUCUGGUGCUGACUUGCAGGUGUGACAUUGUCCGAAAACUGUCAAUAAGGCGAGGCUCAAAAAAGGCAAAAAGCUUAAGUGUUAAAUUGCAGAUUUGCUUGGUGGAUUUUUUCCAUCAAAUGUGUAAAUAAUUAUGGCUUUAAUGCCGAGUAGAGAGCUGAACACGAAGCACCUUUGGGAGUUGAAGAUGAAUUGAACACUCAGAGGCGUAUGAUUUUAAGUGUCAUCUCUUGGACUUCACAGAUCCCAGAACCGUGGUGCACAGGAAUCCUUCAGGAUUUGGUGUCUGGAAUUGCGGCCUGAAGGUACAGAUUUGUCUUUAUUUCUCCUGUGGUUUAAAAGCCUCAUCACCUCUCCCGUGCUUUCCUUCCCAUUCUCCCCUCUUCACCUCUACUUCCUGUCCUCAUCUGUUCUUGUUUCAGGAGGCAUUGAUUGGUUUCCUCCUUACGCUCUCAUAAAUACCAUUUCAGGUAAUUACCAUGCAAAGUGUGCAGGCUUGAAUCGAUGUGAUUGGUCGAUGGCGGGCUAAGUUAUGUGAGCCAGUGCAUUGGUUUGUGAGACAAACAGGAUGGAGGUGCUUCCUGUCAGAGUAAAGAGGAGGUUAAAAAUUGAUACAGCGUAAGUCUGUCAGUCACAGCUGUGGGGUUGAUGCGUCGGCUCUUUGUGACAGCAUGAGUGACACUUUCAUACUUUGCAUUGGCAGCAGAGCUUCAAAACCACAGUUUGAUUGACGACUGGUGCAGAAACUUGAUAUCAUUUCUAUUAUGCUCAAAAGUUUAAAUGCUGCUCUUUUAUUUUAUCCUGGUGAGUGAGGAAGAAUACCUCUAUACAGCAGAAACUUCGUAGCAUUGGAACUUUUGUGUAGGGAAGUGGGGCCCAGUCACCAUGGGGGUUUGAAAACAGUCCAAAUCUGACAUCAAGGAGCGUUAUAGCGCUGCAAAAACUUCAAACUUUUAGUAGGGCUGCACAAUUUUUGCCAAAAAUAAAAUCCUGAUUUUUUUUUUUCCUCUGAAAACUCAAUUUUUGAUUUUUUAUUCAGUGGCAACUUCACCAAACUUUGAUCUAAUAAAUUUUUCUAACAUCUCUCAAACGACACCGCUGAAUACGAUGUAGUGCGUAUGCCAAGCCAGUGAAUGGUGCUGUAACGCUGCCAAGGAAAUGCACAAAGAGACAGAAGAAGAGCACAAAACAUGCGCAAAGUUUUUUGUGGCUGGACACGCGCAGGCGCAAUAAAAGAGUUAUGCUCUGUGUCACAUAAUCGUUUAAAGAGAGAUGCAGAUUGACAUCCACAUGGAGAUGAAAUGGUAGUCAUUUACAGAUUCAUGCACUCUUGUACCUGUUUACAAAAAGUACCCUUUACAGUCAUCCGAAACACCGUUUCCGUGUCGAUGAAACAUGGAUACGAUGAAAAAGGUUUGCGUUUACUCCUGAAUUAGUUUCCGUGUCGACAGGUUGAUACUACCUUCAGACCGACUUUGCAGAGAGAGUGGUUUGCUCUUCAUGCGAAACUGUAAAGCUGUACUCAUUCCAUACAACUGACUUGCUCUUCCCCUAUUUAGCCACGAAAUUAUCGCCCUCUUUUGCAAACGCCAUGUUUGUUUACUGAUGUGUGUGGGAACUGGGGAGCGAAAGGGGAGUCUACGGUGGCCUGGAGGUGUGAGACAUGAUAGAGAGAAAAAUCGAUGUGAUGAUUUUAAUGUUUUAACAUUGUCAUAAUCAAAUAAUCUAAUUCAAUUUAAAAUCGAUUAAUCGUGCAGCCCUAGCUCCAAGAGAAAGUUCUCAAAUUUAAUGUCAUUUAUUAGAGGCUUUGAUAGGACGACAUAACUCCUGAACCUGAGUCAUGGAGUGUUUUAUCUGUAAGGUAGUUUCCAUAGUAAAGAUCAGACAACACAAUGUAAUAUUCUGUUUGUUAUAGUUGUAAAAGUUCAUAUUUGUUGCACAGAAUAAACAAAGUUGGAUGUGGCCCCUUUGCAAGUAAUAGUACAAGUGUGCUAAAAUCAAGCAGUAUAUAAGCCUGCGUGGCAUUUGAUUCAUCAGCUGAGUGAACAUUUACCCAAUAAGCUAGACUUCAAGUUAAAUUCUUCACCUGAGUAUGCUCUGCAGCUUCCAGAAGAAUUACAUUAAUGAAACUGUACCAAAAAGUUUCUGCUCAACAUUGAAUCAACACAGCUUGGUUUAAUUAUUCACACUUUUAAGCCUUUGCCUCAAACUGGAGCUCUAAAUUAAGUUCUUCUCCUGAAUUCAGUCCAUCUCUGAGAGAGGCCAGGCUCUGUUAAACAGCCUGACCAUAGGUCAGCUGUAAUGGCAAAACACUCCACAGCCAUGACACCCUCGUCUGUUCCUCCUCGACCUUUUGCAGACGGUCCGGUAUUCUCAAGAGGAGUAAUUGCAUAAGGGAUUGUCAUAUAUUUUCUUCUUCAACUUUCCGAGCUCUCAUUUCCCACAGGAUUUGUUGGACACUUAUCUUUGGCCAAACUAAAUACAACUGCGUCAUUAAGGCUGGUCUGCCUUCAGGUGUUGGGUUGAUAGAGAUCACGCUGCAGUGUUGCUUUAUGGAUGUCUGACGUGACGCUGGAUUAGGACAGGAAUUAAUGACUUUAUCUUUCUCUCGCUGUCUCUCGUACAUUCGUCAAACUGACUUUGUGGGUGUUUUUGAUGCAGUUUGACUGGUCAGGUGUAUAGCUUUAUGAUGUAGAGGUAGACAUAACAGGCUAAAUAGUGUUUGAUAGUUAUCUGUUCAUCUUUUCAUCAUCCUCCCUUCCCCCACAUGCGCCAUCACACCCGAUAUAAGGCUGAGUAAAACUCAAUAACAUAAAUUGCUGUGGUAGGCACAAACAUACAGUAGCUGAGGCUCCAUUUAAGGAGUUUUAUGCAGGUGUUUUACAUUUUACAGCCUGACUCAAUCUCUGUGAUUUCCUCAGUUUCAGAUUCUAACAGUCCUUCUUACAAACUCCCAGCGACAGUCAUUCAAUGUUUCCUUUUGUUUUGCUGUGAAUACAGUCAGCACACAUUUUUGUUAUUCAAGGUGGUUUUUAAACAGUUGGCAGAUGCUCCACAGCUACCUUUUAAGUGGAAAUAUAGCAUUACAAACAGACACUGCCCUUGACCGGACACUCCAAACAGCCAAAUAGAUGAUGUUAUUCGGAGAUCUGUAGUUUUUCUACCAUUCCACACAUUUGUCUUUGUCAUGCAUUCUUCCACUUUUAACUGUAGCUGCAAGCAAAAUCUCCUGAUUCCCUGAAGGAGAAUCUGUCAGUUUAGGGAACAUUGGAUUUGAUAAACAGCAGAGUUUCCUUCCAACAAAGCAUGCAAUUAAAAAUGAAAUACCAGCAUGAAUUCAGUUUACGUGAUGGUGAGAAGACCAGAAUUAGGAUUUUAAUUUUGCUGAAUUGUGCAGCUCCACCAUGUUUUAUUGAUAACUCACCCUUAACAGUCAACUUGGACAGGGUUGUUGAAAAAUGUAAAAGACUAAAUCAAAGAAAUGAACUAUGAAUGAUAAACUGAUAAACUGUGAAUUAAAAUAAGCUGCAUCGAUAAAAAUGGAGGAAUGGGUCCCAUUAAAAAUAUCUAGAUCUAAAUGCUUGGUUGAGAGUACAUGGGGCAGGGCAACUUGGGCUGUGUCCCACCAUGUAUCUAUAGUAAAAAGGUGUGAAAUCUGGUUGCUAGUUGAGGUGCAGGGUUCAAAAAGGUAGUUUGGGCAUAAUAUGAAUCAAACCAAAUAGAGUGUCUGCUCAGCAGUUGCUUCAUUGUUGGCUGCACAAAGCAGCGCAGAAGUCUAUUUCUGUAGACUGCAAGAACAUAGUCAGGAGAGAUAGCUAUGCUUACAAUAUUGUGCAUUCUCCAAGUAACAAGAAGACAGCGGAGAUGUAACUGUUAGCAGGAGCUAAUGUUAUCUAGCUACAUGUAAGUCACUGUGUACGAACACAUGAACAAAGUAAAAAGACGAAUAUGGAGACACAUAAUAUUUGUAACUAACCAUUCAGAAACGUCCUGCUGCAGACACAGAGUUGGAAUUUCUUCAGGAGCCUCUCCUUCUGGGUCAGACUCUGGAUCAAACUGGUACGGCUGGACCACAGCUCUUCUACGAGUCAUACUUAGCACUCUGUGUAAACAUUAGCGCAUGGUACUGAAGCGCAAGCCACGCCCCCCUCUUCCAGAGAGACCGUUCUCGGUAGAGCUCACUCGAGAGAGUUUUCAGGCUGGCUGAAGUCCAGGAAAAAACUGGGUUUUUAGACAACAAACUUCAAAUUGACUUUUCUGGGACCUCUGAGACCUUUGUAAACCUGCUGAAAGGAGUAUAAUAUGGGACCUUUAAAUAAUUUAAAACUAAGGGCAUGCUGACACUAACGGCCCGAUCAGAUGAUUGGCAUUGGCUAUUUCUUUAUGUUUUUAAGAGACUGGGUGAUGGACAGCAUGCCUGUAGUUUUGGGGUCAUGCUGGAUUAAAGCAAGAGUGUAAACAGACAAUGGUAACUUUGUCCUUAUGUUCCUGCAUCCCAGAUCAGCAUCUUACCAAAAGCAGUGUCAUGAUGUAAGCCACCAAGGGAAGAAACCCAGGUCUCAGCUCUGUGGCUCAAUAAAAAACUUAUUUUCCUUGUAUCAGCAAACACACAGAUAUUGUUUUAUCACUGGGAGCUGCUGUGUAUGUGUGUUUGUGUGUGUGUGAGCUGCAAGUUUAUUCAACAUAGACACAAGUCAUGACAAUACCAUUGCCACUAUUGCUGCAGGCCAAAAUGCUUCACCCCAGGGUGCAGUAGGGCCCUAAAUGUGAAAUUGAGCUCCAAAAACGGGCCCAGCCAGGUCAGCUUUACUUGUUACAGUCAUAAACAAACUUGAACUGCCUGAGGUCAGUUUGCUUGGAAACUGCUGGCGGGCCUGUUUUUACCUUAUCCUUACCCUACACUCGCACCACUGAUCUUCAAAGAGUCACUGAGCUGUUGUCCGUCUUCAGUGUGUUCACAGCAGACCAAAGCGAGCAGACUGGUUAGACUUUGAACCUGCAGACCAGGUAGAUAAAAGCCAGCUCCCCGCAGAAUACCCAGUCCAGACCUGGUACGCUCCACACACACAGAAGAGGUAA